AGCAUGGCAGUCCUGGCCCCAGAUCAGGGUGGAGGAUUUCAUCAGAGGUCUCAGGGAGGUCAGGGAGGUGAGCAUCGGGAUGGGCAGAACCUUCCCGAAGCACCCUUCUGGAACGACUAGAAAGAGAGACUCAUCCUGGCACCACCACUUAUCGGCCUUGGAUGAGUGACUUUACCCCGUGUGAGCCUCAGUUUCCUCACCUGGAAAAUGGGGCGAGGAUUCACUGGGAGGACACGUUUUAGAACAUGGCCUGCCCUUCUGUGUUUUAUAAAUGUUAGCUACUCAUCACAUCCCCUCCCCCAAGGCAGGGAUCAGCCGUACUGGGGCCCGGAGGCCUGGAGACCAGCUCCGGGGACAGUUAAGCUGUGCAGUGCCUGGAGACGGGUGGGCUCACUGCCUGAGCCCAGCAAUGCCGGCCCUGGCAGCCGAUCAGACGUGGUGGGUCCCACAUGGGAGCCAACUUGGCCGGGCAGACGGGGGCUGCUGGGCUGCCCUGGACACAUGGGGGCCUGCCAGGGGCAGGUGCGGACUCGGCUUGGCCCAUCUCCUGGAGAAUCCUUGGGCGGGGUCGGGCCUUGGUAGAGAUGGGCCACAUCCGGGGGCUUGUCUGGCCAGAGAGGAAUGGGGAUCUGAUUUUCCGGUUCUUCCCCGUCUCCCCCUCUCUCCACUUUUCUUUUGUCCGUCUCUUUGCGUUUUCAGCUCCCUGGACAUUGUCGACGGACGGAGGGCUGGAGCGGGUAAUGGGAUGACCACGAGGCAGUAGUCGUCUUGCUUGAGGGGCCUUGUGGGUCAGGCUGAGGCAGAAACCCUCUCCCCAGGCUGACGGGGGUGACACGUGCUUGCCUGCCACUUUUCGCCGGGGGUUGGUGACCCACUGAGAGGCACAUAGCUCAAGGGGCUGGGCCAUGUUGCAGCCCUGAGUUUCCCCAGCUGGUGCGGGGUGGCCCUGCCUUGGAAGUUCUCCUGACCUCAGAUGGCCCGAGGCCAAGUCCUCCCAGCUAGUUCCUGGCCUCAACAUGCUGUGUGUCCUCGGCCGAGUGCCCCUUCCCGGGCCUUUGUCCCUUGGGUGCAGAGAUCCGGUUGGCCCAGUAUAGGCGGAGAUCCUGUGGUUUGGCCCACCCACUCCGAGUGGCCCCAGACAGGUGCCUGGCAGGGAGGCCUUCAUCCUGUCCUUUGUCACCUUCCAGACUGUUGUCCGGAUCUGGAGCACUAUUUAAAGAGCCUUCCCUGAGAACCCCCAGUGCUGCUGCGUCGAGAGGGAGCACUCCAGACCAUGGCACCGAGAAGGGCCCGCAAGAGAGCGGAGGGCGGAGCCAGCUCCAAUGUCUUCUCCAUGUUUGAUCAGUCCCAGAUCCAGGAGUUUAAAGAGGCCUUCACCAUCAUGGACCAGAACCGGGAUGGCUUCAUCGACAAGGAGGACCUGAGAGACACCUUUGCUGCCUUGGGCCGCAUCAACGUGAAGAACGAGGAGCUGGAGGCCAUGGUGAAGGAGGCCCCCGGGCCCAUCAACUUCACCGUCUUCCUGACCAUGUUCGGGGAGAAGCUGAAGGGUACGGACCCAGAGGAGACCAUUCUCCACGCCUUCAAGGUGUUUGACACCGAAGGGAAAGGUUUCGUCAAGGCCGAUUUCAUCAAAGAGAAACUCAUGACCCAGGCGGACCGGUUCAGUGAGGAGGAGGUCAAGCAGAUGUUCGCGGCUUUCCCUCCAGACGUGUGUGGCAACCUGGACUACAGGAGCCUGUGCUACAUCAUCACCCACGGCGAAGAGAAGGACUAGGGGUCCAAGGGCCCCCCCCCACCUUCGGAGGCGGCAAACACCGGCGGUGUUUCGGGGGUGGCCACUGGGGAGGCCCCGCAGCCAAUGUGUGUAAAGAAAAGGCUCCCCUCGCCCGGUGGGCUGGGGGCAAAGCAAGAAUAAAUCGUGCAAGCAAG